AUGCUGGUAGAUCUGAACGUUCCAUGGCCACAGAACAGCUUCGCUGAAUCCGUAAGUGAAUCCCAAAUCAUUACAUUGAGAUCUACGCUGGAGACAUUGCAUACUUUAGGAUAUACCCAUGUGGCCCUAAACUUUACAGUAAACCACACUGAAAAAUUCCCGACAUCGCACAAAGAGCUGAACCCGAUAAGAAUAGAGGAGUAUUUUGGUGACUUAAUGAAAACCACAGGCUUGAAACUCUAUUCUCGGAUAACCUUGGUGAUUGAAGAUCCAUCGAAAGGUCAAUCACUAUCUAAAGUUUCGCAAGCGUUUGAUAUCGUCGCUGCUUUGCCCGUCAGUGAAAAGGCUUUGACGCUGAUCACUUCCUCGCUGGAUGUCGAUUUGUUGACUUUUCAAUACAGACAGCGUCUCCCUGCUUUUUUGAAACAUAAAAGCAUAUGCAGUUGCGUGGCGCGGGGAGUCAAGCUCGAAGUGGUAUAUUCUUAUGCUCUUCGAGAUAUGCAGACUAGACGGCAAUUCAUUCAAAAUGUAAAAAGUGUCAUCAGAAGCUCACGCUCGCGAGGAAUAGUCAUAAGUAGUGGCGCUACGAAGCCAUUGGAAUGUCGAAAUGUUCUAGGAGUUACAAGUCUCAUCAAGUACCUCGGGCUUGACAGUGACAAAUGCAUGAAAGCCAUGAUAGAUCUGCCCGCGCUUGUCCUUUUGAAUGGAAGGCUGCGCACAAAGAGCCACAAGCAAACGAUUGUCAUCGGAGGGGGUUCCGAUACCGACAUCGUCCAAGAGACUGAAAGCAUAGACCGCGGAAAACUCAUCAAAGUGGUGAAACGCAAGACCUCAAUUCCACCGGAUGAAGAGCUAGCCAGUAAAAAAGCUCGAGUUUAG